AUGAUGGUGAUUGAUUCAACUUCCUCAACUGGCCGGUUUGCGCCAACACAUUACGAUGCAGUGCCUCUCGAGAAGGUAGGUAUCAUUGACCAGUCCAGCUCAAUCAUCGCUUCAACACUGGAUGCUCUCAAUUCCGCCUUUCAAGAAGUCAACCUCAGCAUUCACUCCCAUCCCGAACUUGCAUACCAAGAAGUCUUUGCACAUGGCAAAUUGACCGACUUCCUUGAACAUCAUGGUUUCCAAGUCAAACGUCACGCAUGGGGACUUGAUACAGCCUUUGAAGCAACAUUCGGCUGUGGAGGUCGUCAAGUUGUCUUCUGCGCUGAAUACGAUGCACUUCCGGGCAUUGGCCAUGGUUGCGGCCAUAAUCUCAUCGCUACAUCUUCUCUUGCGGCCUUUGUCAGCGCCGCCCGUGCUCUGCAGAUGACCAAGCUUCCUGGGCGCUUGCGUAUCAUUGGAACGCCUGCUGAAGAAGGUGGAGGUGGUAAAAUCAAGCUCCUCGAGGCUGGGGCCUUUGAUCCUCCCCAGGAUAUCGCGGCAGCUUUGAUGUCGCAUCCAACAAUCUCCGGAACAAGCUCUGAUGGUCUGGUGUACGAUGGAAUAGCUGGAACGAGAAGCAUUGCGGCAUACAAAACCAAGGUCAUCUUCAAGGGCCGAGCAUCACAUGCGGGCGCGGAACCAUGGAAUGGAUUCAACGCGUUAGAUGCUGCUGUUGCUGCAUAUGUCAAUGUUUCCAUGUUACGACAACAAAUUAGACCCGACGAGAGAGUGCACGGUGUAUUCGAAGAUGGUGGCACAGUCCCCAACAUUAUCCCCCAGUAUACUCGAAUGAAUUGGUGCAUUCGCAGUCCUACGCUGGCUGGUUGCCAAAACCUCGUCAAGAGAGUGCAUGCCUGCUUCGAGGCUGGAGCUGCUGCAGCGAAUUGCAAAGUCGAGUAUGAGACAGCUCCAUUAUACAGUGACCUGCGAGUCAAUAACACCCUUUCGAAGACUUACGUCGAGGAAAUGGCCAAGCUGGGACUGAAGAUAAAGCCAGAAGAGAACAUCCCUGCUUCAACGGACAUGGGUAACGUUUCCCACCACGUUCCGGGCUUCCAUGGUGGAUUCGCUAUCCCUACUACCCCGAAUGUAUCUAUACACCAUCCAGACUUUACUACGUGUGCUGGGAAGGAGGGUGCUUACAAAGCAGCUAUGAGUUGUGCCAGGGGGCUUGCAAUGACAGCGAUUCGAGUGCUGGCAGAUGAGGAGUUGUCACAAUGUGUCAGAAAUGACUUUGAAAGGGCCUCCUAG